AAGAGGAAGAGGCGUAGAAGAAGAUUGUAACGUAGAAAAAACAAGGGCUACAGUAGUAUCGUCGCGUCAGAUGAUUAGCUACUAGUAAAACACUGUAAAACGACUGACAGUCCACCUCUGUUUUCAGCAUUACAAAACGGUGUACGUUGUCAGCAAUGUAUAUUUGUCCGUUGUUUACACGUUGAAGCCUCUCUCGCAGCGCUGAUAAUGCUGAAAAUGAAGCUACCGAUGAAAACGGGCGAGGAAGGAGGCGACGAAACGGCCGAGGACGGUUCAUUGGAUCGGUCGGAGCACCAACAUAUUCCCCGGGUGGUACCUCCUCCUUCAGUGUUCGGCGGACUGGCUGACUCGCCCACACCUAGUGUGUGUCCAUCCCAGCUGGACAAGGAGACUGUUUUCGAGUGGUUUGGCCUACAUCUAAACCCCGCUAAGCGAAUUGAGUUCAUGUGCGGGCUGUUACAUAUGUGCCAGCCACUGGAGCUCCGCUUUUUAGGAUCUUACUUAGAGGAUCUCGCUAGGAAAGAUUACCAUGUUUUAAGAGACUUUGAGUUUCGGGCAAAUAGUCCGAGUGAUUUGGGAGUUUUAACGGACGUCAUUGAUCCAGUGGUUCGGUCCAAACUCCUGGUCUGCCUGUCCCUCCUCGGGUCUGAAAGCAGGGAAUGUGCUGGAAUACUCUUUCGGAUACUGAGCCAUGUAGACCCGGCCUUGUUCUACAAAAAAUAUGAUUACACCCUUCCUCCAUUCAUGGACCCUGACCACCACUCAUUUCACCCACCAUGCCCUGACAAUGUGUACGGCGGGUCUGAGCAGACCUGCGGCUUCUCCUCUGACGAAACAGCGGCCGGACCUCUGGAGCAGUUGUCGCUGCUUUUUGCCAUGGCCUCUCUCCACCCAGCUUUCCAUUUCCACCAACGGGAGAUGGUCCGGGGGCAGCUUGACAAAAUAGAACUUGCCAUAAAGGAGGAGAGACGUCAGAGUCAGCUUAGAAUAAACGCCCAGAUAACGGAGCUGACGGGUCAGGAGACAGAUUACCUGCCUUCCCCAGCACUGGAUUUGGGGGAAUGUACAGCCUCCCAUUCUCCCUGCCAGAGCCGCCGCUCCAGCCGCUGGGCAACACAAAGAGAAGCAGUGCAUAUAGAGGGAAUCGUGCUCAGGGGCAUCUCUCGGACCAGGAUGGACAAGGAAUACAACUUUGAGGUGAAAUGGUCAGACUCUUCUUCUAGUAGUGUGACCAAAACCCAUCUGGAACUGGAGAAUUUCCUUCUUAAGCUUCCUAAGGAUCAGUGUACUGAGUCUUUUGAGAAGAGCAUCUUGAGGCUUCUGAACCAGGGCGACCGUAAUGAGAGCAGGGAGGUGGAGAAGAACCUUAGGGAAAGGUUCCUGUCUGCUCCUCCAGUCUUCAGACAGACCAGAAAGGUCUGCAGCUUCUUCAAUUGUGACUCCAGUUACUCUACAAAACCUACUUGCUGCAGAUGUAACUGCCAGCUGGGUAAGGCCUACCAAGGAGACUGUUCUGAUGCCUCCAGUCAGGAGGAAGAGUCGUAUGCUCAAGGACACAAGAAGAAACACGGGACCAAGAGUCCAUGUCAAGGUCACUCUAGUGCGAAGGGCUCCCACGGAGAUAGUCGGAGAGGGGGCCACGUUGCAGAGCUCAAUGGUCCAGCAGAGAGGAGGAAGAGCUGUACACUGAGGGGCAGCCAGGAGGGGGAACAGCACCAGGACACUGAGAAGAGAAGCCAUCCAGUCACUAAAACAAAGAACAGGGGCCUGCCCACAGACAGGGACAAGGGGAAGGGUGCUGCCUUUAUAGCCAACGGUAGGUUGGUAGCAGCUCUGUCGCCUCAGAGGAAGAAUGGAGGUUUUGGUCCAGAUACCUUUGGUGACACAUCAUCAGAAAGCUACAGCUCUCCAUCCAGCCCUCAACACAGAGGACAAGAGAGCCUGGAUAGUGAGGACGACCACAACAAAGAUACAGACAGCCACUCCGAUGACUCCAGCAAAGGCCCGGGGCCCGACAUGUUCUUCACCCACCAGACUGAUCGAACUGUCCACCCUCUGUCUGCCAACAACCACCCGGGCCAGACGGAGCCACUCUUCUUAGAGACCAGCACAAACCCCCCCCCUCUCUCCUUCAUGCAAGAUGUGUGUUAUGUGCUCCCUAACGGUGCUGCUGACUCUCCACUUCCACUGGUCCCUCCUCCCAGCCAAAGCAUCGUCCCCGAUAGGAAGCCCUCCUCUGGGUCCCUGAUGAUGCAGAGGCCCCUAGUGCCUCCAGCUGUCCCAGGCCCUGGAAUUGUGGGAGACCCAGAAAAGAUGGACAUGCUCCCAACCUUUGGGAUCCCACCUAUUGGCCUCCACGCUUCAGGAAGUCCUACUGUGCAGCCUCUCGUUCAGAGGUUCAAAACGGCUUUGCCUCACAGUCAAGGUGGCACCGAUGGAGCUUCAGGGAGUGGUUCUAGUCCUGCUGCCCUGCAGGCUUCACACCAGGCUCCUGUCAGAGCCAUCGGUGUCAUGUCUCCUGGCCCCACAUCCUACUCCUCUCCUCUUCAUCAGUCUCUGACCUGCCAAGACUCGGCCGGUGUGAGUUCGGGCCUGGCCUCAGCUCUGCCACAUGCAGAGACUUCACAUGCCAAGCACCCCGGCUUAACCUUACCAUCUGGACUGCCUUCUCCCUACACCCUGCCCCCUGGCCCUACCUCUGCCAUGCCUACUGUAGGAGCACCUACAGCCUCUGGAAUAGCUCCAUCUCCUGGACAUGUACAAUCAGCUGUUCCUCUAGCCGUGCCCACCCACACCCCUGGACCUGCCCCCAGCCCCAGCCCAGCACUCAGCACGGCCCACAGCGACUGUACAUCCUACAGCAACAGCAGUGCUUCCUGUGGAAGUGCCCCUGUUGCCCCUGGCAACCCUAUUACUCUCCAGCAAACCCAGCAGCAACAAUUGCCCCCCCAGCAGCCGACGCCACCACAACCACAGCAGCAGCAGCAGCCUAUGGGCUGUGGGACCUGUGGUUGUCACAACAACUGCGGUGGCCGAGGCAGCAACAGCAACAACAACAAUGUGGGGGGGGUCCCUGGCUGCCAAGCCCCCUUAUUCUUCUCCCACCAGAUGGCGGCGGCGGCAGCAGCACGCCAGGUGUUCAGCGUCCCACCCCCUCUCUUCCAGCUCACAAGCCUGUGCAGUAACCGUUACCUCACCCAGGCCCAGCCUCCUCACCAGGCCAACGGUGCUACCCCCCCCCCCUUCUUCCCCACUGCUCCACCUCCUGCACACCCAUCCCCCUACGGCCCCCUCCACACCCACUCUCACAGCCACGCAGACGUGCCAUCACAUAUGCUGGGCACCCAGGCGGCUGCGGUAGCCGCCGCCGCAGCCGCAAACUACAACCUCCAGCAGCAGAUGGCGCCCGCGGCGUCGUUCUGCCAGCGUGUCUACCAGCAUAUGUAUGCUAACCCCAUGGGCCUGCUGCCUGCUGCUGCACUGGGGGGGGGCGGGGUCAAUAAGAAGAGCGGCAACGUGUCCUGUUAUAACUGUGGUGUGAACGGCCACUACGCUCACGACUGCAACCAACCCUCCAUAGACUCCACGCAGCAAGGUGGCUUCCGGUUAAAGUACGCAGCCUCCCACAUUUCAGAAGCACUUGACAAUGCCGACUGAAGAAGAAGAAGGAGAAGAAGAAGAAAGGAGGAAGAGGAGUCUCUGGUUUCUUCCUCUGGUCUCGCCUGUUCUCCCCCAGGCACCGUGUGUGAGCAGUGCCCUGGAGCUUUGCUGUACUUCACACCCCACCCCACAUUCUCCUAAAGAAAGUGACAUGCCAAGGGCUCCGCUCCGUGGACAAAGCCCGGCUACUUGUGCCUGAGAAAAUCUUGUUCCCAUGGAGAUGAUUCACUGUCUCGUGCACGCCACCGGUCCACGUGACUCCCGGUCCCUUCCUUUUUAGUUUGUCUUUGAUAUUUUUGCACUGAGGGUUGGAAACGGUUAACUUAUUACUUAAUUAUUUGGAAUUUUGAGGAUUUUGUUUUGUGUGUUUUUACGUUAAGUUGGAGAAAAAGGUUCUUAUAAACUUAUUUCUAAAGCAGCGCAUUUCUGCUUUCUCCUCAAUAUUACUGUUCACCUAGGAUUUUAUUUGUCGGGCAAAAUUGUACAGCAGUUUUAAAAAAAAAAAUCGGAAAAGGAAUGUCGGCAAGAUGGAUUAUAUUGUUUGUUUUCAUUUUCAACUUUGCUGUACGGUUUUUGAAUGUGUUCACCUUCUCAUUCAGAGCAGCAGUGUGUAGGAUUUAGUGGCAUCUAGCACUGAAGUUGCAGAUGGCAACAAAAGGAACCUCCUUUCCUCACCCCUCCCUUUCCUCACCUCUCCCUUUCCUCACCCCUCACUUUCCUCACUCCCUCCCUUUCCUCACCCCUCCCGUUCCAAGUGGGUAGCAGCACCCACGGUGGCCUUCGUUUAACGGGAGAGAGCAUGACAGACCCUUUCUAGAGCCAGCGUUUCUCCGUUCUGGGUUACUGUAGAAACAUGGCCCCCAUAUAUAGAUAUGAAGGAAUCAUUCUAAGCUAACAAGAACAUUGGUAGUUACUUUCAGGUGAUUAAUUUACCAAUGUAAACCUCAUUAUGAAUAUUAUAUUCCAUUUCUCCCAAUGCAUCCCCUUAAAUCCUCCACACUGGCCCUGUAAGAACCUGACAGUAUCACAGUGUAUGUCUGUAGUGCAUUUUUGCUGCUUGAUAUACGUUAUGGUUGGAAGAUAAUUUCUGCUUUUAUGAAGUGUUUUUUUUAAUUAUUAUUUUCAUUUUUAAAAUGGUUUUAUUUGGUGAAAUGCACUAUAGCAAAGCAGGAACGCAAGGGCACUGAAACAGUCGGCACCACAUCCAAGCAGAUGUAGCCUGGCGAUUUAUUCCUUUUUACUCUCACAAAAAUUAACAUGAAACCGUUAAUAAUCAGCACAGACAGCAUUUGGACUGUUUUUAGUGUAGUUUUAAUAUUUCAGGUGUGAAAACGAUUUCUAAGAGAGAGGGAUUCCUGUGUUCUUUAUCAAACUCCACAUACUUUAGACCAACAACAGAAGAGAAGACCAGUCGGACCACGUCUCUCUCAGAGACCUUUUUAUUUGGUCACGAGCUGUUUUAAAUGUAGGACGAUGAAGUAGAGGAGUGUCAGCUGUCAAGGUACGAUUCUGCAGAGGGUGGAGCCAAACUACGUAUCGAUUGAGUCAUCGAGACUUCUAUAGAAAAACUAAAAAAAAAAA